AUGGUUUACAAUAUCAAGGAGAAGAAAUAUUUGGAACCAUUGUUAUUACCUACUCUUCCAACUCAGCCCUCAACGUCACUUACAACUACCACUACCGCCACGGUUGACAUUACACCCCGUGCCUCCUCACCCACUCCCACCCCUGAUUUAUUAGAAUCACACCAAGUCCGCCCUCAUCAAUCGUCAGAUUCAUGUUCUACAGCUGCCCUCGAAGCCUUAGAAAGUGAUCAUGCUCCUCAAGCAGACUCUGACACCAGUGUCUCGUCCUCAGGACUCUUAGAGUCAUCCAGCGUUGUCCGCGGAUUUUGCCCUUCACAAAUUUCCUCAUCAUACCGAUCACACCCACAAAUAUCAACAAGUUCCUCUCCUUCAAAGACAGCUGUGACACAAAAAGGCUCACCGCUCCAGAAGAAGGGUGGGAUGUUUACCCUGGGUGGCUCAUCAGGUGACGACGAGAGCUCGUUUGAGGAUCGCAUGACGACGAAACCCCAACAACCACUCCAACAGCAGCAACAGCAACAACAACAGCAACAACGCAGCUCGCUAUCAGAUGGUCUACAUCAAGUUGCUGACACAAUGCAAAAGAUUGCUGUAUUGAAAAAUUCGAUGAGUUCUAGAUCACCCAUCCGACCAAUUACUGAAGCCUCGGAGGAUGAGGACGCGAUCGAGACCGAUGACGAUGAAGAGAUUUCAGAGAGCGCCAUCGAGGAUGACGAUGAUUCUUCAGAAUGGGAAGACUCGAUUCCCGAAAGUGGUCGAUCGAGUGUUGAUGAAAAGGAAUUAUUCCAGCGCGUCGACUCGCGACCGAACCUCGUCUCGCGCCCCUCGCUGCUAACAAUGAUGAUCCAUCAACCGCAACGGAUGAAUGAAGCUCCUACAGGCUCCCGAUCGACACCAGCUCUCCAACAGUCGCGCCUCUCUUCUCCCACCCGAAAUUCCGCCGCCGCUUCCCCAGACAGUGACGAGAACACCCUCACCAUGAAAGGCCCCGACGUCCCCCGCUCAAAACCCAUAAUCGUCAAGUCAAUGCCCGCCUACCAACACCAAACAGCCCACUCGCCCCGAACAACCCGAAGAAACAUGCUCGCCACCGAGUUGACGGAGUCACUACGACGACAUCUACUCUGGGAGCGGCAACAGAAGUCCACCACGGUCACCGCGGGCUUCAAGCGACGGCAUACAGCACACGACAUGGCGAAUCUGCAGGAGUAUCCAAACACCACAAAUAUGAAACUGAAUGGCCUGAAGCAGACGCAAACACAGUCGCAAAAUGUCGCCGCUGCGCCUAACUCAGCCGCACGGGAUAAGGAGACCUCCAAGAACAAUUCGUGGAAUCACUAUUUCGAUUACGGCCCAUGGGAAUAUCACGUCAAGGGCUGGUGA